UUUUUUCGGACAGUUUGAAAGUUGUCAACAGGGAAGAAGAAGAAGAAGAAGAAGAAGAAGAAGAAGCGGAGGAAGAAGAGGAAGAGGAGCGGACAGCGGCUUCACACCGGAGAGGAGGAGGAAUGGGCUGCAGCCACAGUAAGAAGAAAAGCAAAGGAAAGAAAGGAGAGAAGAGCCAGAAAGACAAGAGCAGCCGUGAUGAUGGAGGCAAGCGUGCGUCUGGUGAGCAGAACGUGUGUCUGGAGAAGCAGCUGGAGCGCUUCGAGUGGCAGCUGAGGAUUCUGAAGGAAGUGCUCUCGGCCAAUGGGAACCUGGAGAGGGCGGAGCUUCUGAAAGACCACGCCGACGAAGACGUGUGCACCCUCGUCCUGAGCAUCCUCGAUAAGGUGAAAACGGAGACGACGGCCGAUUUAAACGUCCUGCACGAACAGAGAAGUAAAGCUGCGACUGGGGAACAUGAGAGACACGCGGAAGAGCUGCAGAAAAGACACGAGCAGGAGAAAAGUCAACUGACGGAGAAGUUUCACGUCGCUGAGAACGUCCUGAAGGUGAAGGUGACGGAGCUGACGGCAGAGCUGCAGAUCUACAACGAGCUGAAGAGACGAGCUGACGAAUCCACGUUCAAGAAAGACCUGCAGAGAAAUAUACAGGCCCACGGCAGCCCAGGUGCAUUCUGGGAGUCGGAGCAGGAGUCUCUGCUGUUUGUCAUUGAGAUGAAGAGCGACCGUGUGCAGGACCAGAGCAGGAAGCUGCAGCAGAUGGAAGCUCUGGUGGAGAAGAACUUGUCUCUGGAGGAUCAGAUCGUUCACAUCCUGCAGCAGAACGAGGACAUGAGAGUUCGCAUCGACAACUGCCAGACUCUCGUCCAGCAGCUAUCCAAGGAGCAGCAGGACCUGAAGGUGGCGCUGGAGAGACAGGUGACGGUGAACCAGAACCUCUCCCAGGAAAAAGAGCAGCUCAUGUUCAAACUGAGACACAGGGACUCGUGUCCGACCAUCCACCUGCCGGUCAUGGUGCAGGAGAUCGCUCCCAGAUGACUCGCGCCCCCUCGGGGGCCGCAACGUGGAUCUGGGUUGGUCCUCGGAUGUAGAUAGGAUCCAGACUGUGUUUUGACUGUACAUGUAAUUGUUCCUCGAGGUAACGUGCAGGGGCCACCGUCACGUCGCCGCUGCUCUGGAUCCGGGUUUAAAGGCUCCGAACGAGCAUCGCCGCUUCGUCCGAGCUGAGCGGGGCUCGAACCGCUGAGCAGCGAAGGGGCUGAGUUCGAGCGUGAUCCUCCGCCGUCACGGAGGUUUUCGCUGCGGCAGCUCGGCCACAAACUGACACUCGGGGACGCGAGGCCGGAUCCUGUGUUUAAACACUGUAUUGAGCCAGACAACUGUUUGGACCUCAGAUCGUCUGGUUGGAGGUCCAGCUCCGCUGAUCUCAUCAGUUUAUACUCGACUAGAGCCGAUUAUAUAAAUCUGGAUGAGGUUCAUACAAUAGCUUCGUCCGUUUUUUGGGGCCCUCCGCUCCUCGGACCCCUCAACGCUCGAUAGUUCGCACUGCAAACCCAAACAAAUCCACUUGUUACUGCAACGUUAGUGUUUUAUGUUUUAUGUUUUUAUUCACAGAAAUGCUGGUGCGACUUGGGCCUUAGUUUUUACGAUGGACCCGUUCUCCAAAGUGCCGAGCUGGUUGUCAUGAGCCUGUGUUGCUUCCGGCAUUGUUUACCUCAAACCGCUGAGGUUUCCAACGUACCGAUUGGACGAUUGCUUCCAGUCCCCACAACCCAACACUGACCCCGACCGUCACCGCCUCACUUCAGGUUACCUCCGACAAUUAUACACCAUCACCUAAAAGUAUUACUGGUUCCCUCAAAGUGUCACUAAGCUUCCUCACAAGAGAACUUGGCCUCGAGAGAUUUUAUCAGACCCUCUGUGGUUUCCCCUCUAAUGAUGCGUUCACACCAAACGUAAGAAGGCGACGCAAAGACGCGAGCGGACGCGCGUUUCGUGGCACCUGCGCCGCGGGAAAUGCAAAGUUCGCCAUCGUUCAGCUUCACCCGCUCGAGUUUGAAUGUUUGAACUCGGACGUUUACUCGCUUGAGUAAAUAUAAACGUGUGAGUAACGCAAGGGGGGAAAUUCGCUUCACGUCUGGUGUGAACGCAGCUCAAGACCUUUAAAGUUUACAAAGCACCUGGACGUCCCGCUGGAAAGUCUAAGUGUGUAAAUACCAAAACACAAUGGACCCUGGUGAAGCAUCAGCAGAUUCAAACUCUCAUACUUUAUCCUACUGUGAUUUUUGUUUCUAGUCCUGUUCAACCCUCAAACCAAACCCUGUCUUUUACUCUAGUGAACUUACGUCCUUGGUUCUGACACGUUUUCUACUUUGCGUGAAGUUUAAACGUCGCAGCUUCUUCUCAACCACGUCUCUCGUGGUUGUCAGAUCCAGUUUGACUCCGUAUGACGUCACUGCUUCAUCGCUGCUGUUCCGUUGCUCCCACUUCUACAGUCUUCAGGAGUAGUACAAUACUGAGUAUUUCGAAGGGUUCGGAAGUGUUUGAUGUGACAGGAUCGAAAAACGUGACCACGAGCAAAAUGAAUCAGUGUUUUUAGCGUCUUGGCUCAAACGCUGCCAGGGACGACAACUUUCAUAUUUUGCUACGUUCACUGACAAUUCUGGAAAUCCUUUGAUUUUUCUUUCUUUCUUUCUUCUUUUCUUUCAUCUAAAGUGAAGUCAACAGGUUUCAGAGCCCGGUACUGAAGUACGUGCCUCUGAGGACUUCAUCACGUUAGCUUCCCUGUUCAUGCUAACACGCCGACGUUUGAAUCGGAACGUGUGAAAUAAGCUGCGUUUCGUACCGGACUGAUAAAUGUCGGCGCGUCGAGAAUCAAACGGUUCGUACAAUGUGUGUUGACCUGCUAAUGUUAGCACGUUAGCAUUCAGCUGAGUUCAGUGUUGCGCUGCCAUCAGUCUUUACAAGUACAGUAUUCUUUUACAACUUUUGACUCAUCAAACAAAUGGCGUAGUUGCCGGAAAAUACUUUCAGAAUAUUAUUGCGCGGCCGUGCGAGAAGGUGAACUGGCCAAACGUGGACCUGCUGGACUGUAAGCUAACAUGCUAGCUAGCCGCCAAAAUAGGGCCCUAAAUAGGCUUCCUGCCAGUCAAUGUGCUCAUGUCUAAUGUUUAAAUCAUAUUUUAAGAUUCACACCGAGAACUGAUUGACGAAGCAACCACAGAACAAUAACCACUGUUCACUUGUUGCCUUUGAAAAGCUCGAUGACUUGACGUGUUCUGUGUUUAUGUUUUUAAAGAUGUGAAAACUGACGCCAUUUUGUCUGUUUCGUGACAACUUGCGGGUUUUAUGGGAUUUAUGACGUUUUUGUAAUUGCCAAAAAAAGAAGAAGAAAAAAGGUGUCGGUGUUCUGACGACUCUUUCUCCUUAUGCACCAGCACUUUGACCAGUAUUUCACCAGGACUUUGUAUAAGAGAGAUUUUUUUCCAUGUUGUACAGUUUUGAAAACUUUUUCCUGCUUCUUCGCUUGUAAAGACCUAUUUUAUCUUUUCUCGGUCGGACCAAAGUCCAGCCGUGUGUUUUCCGCGUGCCUUAGGUACACUUAGAAAUACUUUCCUUCUUCUGUUUUUGGCUUGACUAAAUAAAAAAAACUCAAACUGA